GAUGGAUCUGCAAACCUCAGUUUUUCUUCUGUUCAGUCUCUGCACUGCAGGACACUCUUUGAGCUGUUACGAUUGUAGUCUGAUGACUUGUUCAAAUCCAAAAAUAUAUACAUGUCACAGUGGAUAUUCUAAAUGCAUGAGUUCUAUAACAGUGGGACAAGCUGGUUUCAUUAGUGUUAAAAAGAAGGCUAAAGAAUGUGCUGCUGACUGUUUAAGUGGAUCCAUGAACUUCGGCAUUAUAAAGUAUUCUUCGGUAUGCUGUAACACAGACGGGUGUAACCUCCAAGAUCCUCCAGAUCCCAGCACUAGUACCCCCAAUGGAAAGACAUGUUACUCCUGUGAUGGAAAGAGCUGCUUAAACAUAUUGAGCUGUACAGGGACUGAAGACCGCUGCAUUAAAGCAACAGGGACUUUUGUUGGCAAGUCACUGGUUGUAAAAGGCUGUGUCUCUAAAUCUAUUUGUGAUGCAGCAGCAUCAGUUGGUGAAGUUCAGGGAGCUUCAUGUUGUUCAGGGAAUCUGUGUAACGGUGCUCAGAGCGUCUCUCAGAGCUUCCUGUUCCUCUGCUGUUCUCUGCUCUCCUUCAUCCUGCUGCACUGAAUCCAGCAGAUCUUCACAUCUACAAUCAUCUACAAUCAAUUUUUACUCUCUAUAAUGCAUCCUUUGUGUUCUGAUAUGUUUUUGUCUGUGACAUUCUGAUGUGACAUUUUAUGAAAUAAAACCGUAUUGUUUCUGGGGUUAA